CCGGCACAGUUACCCGCCCACUUCUCCUUCUAACCCGAUCUCAGGACAGUGAGAGACAUGCAGGGAGGAGGAUUCUGAGCUUUCACGAGCCUUAAAUCUCGGGGUAAGGGAUUUUUUUUUAAUGUAAAAAGCCAGCGUUUGGGCAGGGGCGAGCCUUAAACAGCGACGUUGAAUGAGGGGAAGCGAAACGUUAGAAAGAGGAGAAGCACCAUAGGAACGCAUUGAGGCUGUGGGACCACAAAAACAAGACGUGAAAUGCAGGAACACGUCAAAUCCGAGAGGAGGCAUACUUUUACCUGGGACCUUCUAUUUAUGAUGUCCAUAUUCUGAAUCAGUGUUUUAUUUAUCACUGUGUAUACAAACGCCAUCAAAAUGAGUGUCAAAGGGAAAGGUUUCCCUUUGGACCUAGGGGGAAGCUUUACUGAAGAUGCACCUAGGCCACCAGUUCCUGGCGAGGAAGGAGAACUGAUUACAACAGAUCAAAGACCCUUCAGCCAUACUUACUACUCUCUGAAAAAUGAUGGGAUCAAAAACGAAACCUCAACUGCCACCCCUAGAAGGCCAGACCUAGACUUGGGCUACGAGCCUGAAGGUAGUGCUUCCCCGACGCCUCCGUAUUUAAAAUGGGCUGAGUCGUUGCACUCGCUGUUGGACGAUCAGGAUGGAAUUCACUUGUUCAGGACUUUUUUGCAACAAGAGAACUGUGCAGACCUGCUGGACUUCUGGUUUGCCUGCAGCGGUUUUCGGAAGCUGGAACCUAAUGAUUCAAAGGUGGAAAAGAGAUUAAAGCUGGCAAAAGCCAUUUAUAAAAAAUACGUUCUGGACAGCAACGGCAUCGUGUCACGGCAGAUCAAACCAGCGACCAAAAGCUUCAUAAAAGAUUGUGUCUUGAGGCAACAGAUAGACCCGGCUAUGUUUGACCAGGCCCAAAUGGAAAUCCAGUCAAUGAUGGAGGACAAUACAUAUCCUGUGUUCCUUAAAUCCGAUAUAUAUUUAGAAUAUACAACUAUUGGUGGGGAAAGCCCCAAAAAUUACAGUGAUCAGAGCUCAGGAUCUGGGACGGGGAAAGGGCCUUCUGGAUAUUUACCUACUCUCAACGAAGAUGAGGAAUGGAGGUGUGACCAAGGAGGGGAACAUGAAAGGGAGAGGGAAUGCAUUCCCUCCAGUUUAUUUUCCCAGAAGCUUGCGUUAGACAGUUCGUCCCAUUGUGCAGGAUCUAAUAGAAGAUUAAGUGACGGCAGAGAAUUCAGGCCUGGCACAUGGAGAGAACCUGUUAACCCUUACUAUGUUAACACUGGGUAUGCUGGGGCACCCGUCACCAGUGCCAAUGACAGCGAGCAACAGAGUAUGUCCAGCGAUGCCGAUACCAUGUCAUUAACUGACAGCAGCAUAGAUGGGAUCCCACCGUACAGACUCCGAAAACACUAUCGCAGAGAAAUGCAAGAGAGUGCCAACGCAAAUGGUCGUGGACCGCUACCUCACAUUCCUCGUACAUAUCACAUGCCAAAGGAUAUUCACGUCGAUCCUGAAAAAUUUGCUGCUGAGCUUAUAAGUCGCUUGGAGGGGGUCCUGAGAGACCGUGAAGCAGAACAGAAGCUUGAAGAGCGACUUAAACGCGUCCGAGCUGAAGAAGAAGGGGAUGAUGGGGAUGUCUCCUCUGGACCUUCAGUUAUUAGCCACAAGUUGCCUUCAGGACCUCCGAUGCAUCACUUUAAUUCACGCUAUUCUGAAACGGGAUGCGUCGGAAUGCAAAUCCGAGAUGCCCACGAGGAAAAUCCGGAAUCUAUUCUGGAUGAACACGUGCAGCGUGUCAUGAAAACCCCGGGCUGCCAGUCCCCUGGGACUGGACGUCAUUCCCCAAAAUCCCGCUCCCCAGACGGCCAUUUAAGCAAGACCCUUCCUGGGUCUCUGGGAACAAUGCAAACGGGACAUGGAAAGCAUUCAUCCAAGUCCAUGGCAAAAGUAGACUCCGGUAACCUGCAUCAUCACAAACACGUCUACCACCACGUCCAUCAUCACGGCGGAGUAAAACCAAAAGAGCAAAUAGAGGGGGAAUCAACACAGCGAGUGCAGACCAACUUCCCUUGGAAUGUCGAGUCUCAUAACUAUGCAACCAAAUCACGCAAUUAUGCCGAGAGCAUGGGGAUGGCUCCCAAUCCUAUGGAUUCUUUGGCUUACAGUGGCAAAGUCAGCAUGCUUUCAAAAAGGAACGCUAAAAAGGCAGAUUUAGGGAAGAGUGAAAGUGCCAGCCAUGAGAUGCCUGUUGUCCCUGAGGAUUCGGAGAGACACCAGAAGAUCUUGCAAUGGAUAAUGGAGGGAGAGAAAGAAAUAAUCAGACACAAGAAAAGUAACCACAGCUCAUCUAGUGCCAAGAAGCAGCCUCCUACCGAAUUGGCCAGACCACUUUCAAUUGAGCGUCCUGGUGCAGUUCACCCCUGGGUCAGUGCUCAGCUCCGUAACGUGGUACAGCCUUCCCAUCCCUUCAUCCAAGAUCCUACCAUGCCCCCCAAUCCUGCCCCUAAUCCACUGACACAGCUGGAAGAAGCCCGGAGACGUCUGGAGGAAGAGGAGAAAAGAGCGGCGAAAAUGCCCCAGAAACAAAGGUUGAAGCCACAGAAGAAGAACGUAAGUGCUCCCUCCCAGCCGUGUGACAACAUUGUAGUGGCCUAUUACUUCUGCGGAGAGCCCAUCCCCUACCGGACCAUGGUUAAAGGGCGCGUGGUAACCCUGGGACAGUUCAAGGAGCUGCUCACCAAGAAAGGAAACUAUAGGUAUUACUUCAAGAAAGUAAGCGAUGAAUUUGAUUGUGGGGUGGUAUUCGAGGAGGUGCGAGAGGACGAUAUGAUUCUGCCUAUUUACGAGGAGAAGAUUAUCGGCAAAGUUGAAAAGAUCGACUAAGGCCGACCCCUUGCACUUAGCAACAGAGUCGAUACAAGAUGGACGGGCUGCGGUCAAUGUAUGUGGGGCGAAACGCGGAUUGUCCCUCAGUAUUCGGGUGCAGAUGUUUGCAGCUUAUUCCUACAUCUCGUACCAACCUGACGGCUCAGCUUUCCUCUUCAGAACAUGAAUCCAGCGUCGUGCUGCCCUCUUCGUAACAUAGGCGGGAACAGUUAAGUUUCCAUGGAAACAUGUCUAUGAACGUUCAAACGUAAUAAUAAAGGGGAAGCAAAUUCCUACGACCGUGCUCUUACGUACGCCAAGGUGCUGAGCUCACCGGAACAAGCCCAACUGUACUGUCCAUAACACUAAUAUAUUCCUCCCUUCCGUUCCACCAUUACCGUACCUCUAAUUUAUUUAAUGAUCAAGUCGAUUCUACGGUUCUGUCCACGUGUACGACUCCCCUUUCUCCUAAACCCAGCACCCGUGUUUCCACACUGAGCCUUGCUGACGGCAGCAGCUAAUCCUUUAUGGAAUAAGAGGUAACCAAAGAUGAAAUGCACCAAUUCAACCUUCUGCACCCGCAAUCUAUCAUUGCAAUUAAAAUACUCCAUUUAUGAUCAUUUAGAGACCUCCUGGGUAACAGGGAGAUUGCCACAUGUUCCAUGUUACAGUGUUGCCCUCCAGCAUGACCAAAUUACAAAUAAAAAUGAAAGCCUCA